AUCUUUUCCAUGUAGACAAUGACGUGUGGUACCUGCGUACUGGCUUUUAAAAUCAUGAAACCCAGCUGAUUUCUACUGGACAAAUUACUGAUACUUCUUAAAAAUCAUGUGAAAGGGUCUUAAUUGCAUUUUAAUUUCUUUCAAUGGUUACCGUUCAUUUUGAAAUUUCUGAUAAAUGUCAAAAUAUGUACUUUCAAAAUAGAAAUGUGUAGUACUUUUCCUGGAAAACUGUUUAUAGUAUGUGAGAAGAAUGAAUUGCAGGGCUAGUUGCAACCCACAAGCUAAACACGAAGAACGAAUUUGCAAAAAAUUUUCAUCAAGUUACAAUAAUCUGGACGACUUUACAAGAGGAAGCAGAAACAUUUCACAGCGAAAUUAUAACACACAACAAAACGUUUUAGACAAUCCCAUAAUUAGUUCACAAAGAAGUCCUAUUUUGGCGCAACAUCCAAUUUCCAAUAAUAACAUAGACACUUUUGAUAGCUUCGUAAAGCAAAGAAAUCCUAUGAGUGAACAUAAUCAGCGAGAAUUCCAGAUUGUAGAUCGUCCUCGACACUUAGAGACAGCUUCUAAUCCUACAUCUAAUCCUGCUUCGAAUCCUACUAGAAAUACAAUAGGUUUAAGCAUGACUGAAUCAACCAUUUUGCAUACAUUGCGUUCUGUGAGGUCGCCUAUUGUUAAUUAUCAAGAAAGUCGGGGAGUUCCUAGAAAUGAACAGGUUUCAUUCAUAAACCUCAUCACCUCCCUAUGCACACACGCCUACACGGCGGUCAUUACGAUUUUAGUAAUGUUAUGGAACUUAGUACCGCUGCUUGAUGGUUUUGUCUAUUUUGCCCGUUUUGCGGUCGACAAACUAAUAAACAUAUUCGAAACCAGAGAUUCGAAAGAAAAAAUUAUGAAAAUGGCUAUUUUUGCUGGAGAAAUUAUAGUUAUAUUAUUUAUCAUUUUUUUGAUCAUUGGCUUAAUUUUUAUGCCUGUGUAUCUUUUAGUGGCUCGAAUAAUAAGUAAAAUAUGGGGCAUGAUAGUGUGGUAGUACUGAUAGUAAUAGGGGCAUGAUUUUAAAUUAUAUCAAUAGUGAUGUAAA